AUGAAGUCUACGCUCGUUCUCGUUCUUCUUCAGGCGGCUUUGACCCACUGUUCCCCAGACCAUGCAGGCCAACAGCCCCUCAAACUCGAUACCAAAACUGAGCCUAUUCCCUCAUCUCAUUACCAGCCUAACGAUCUCUCCUACACGGGCCCUGUCUCCUUUUCUCACCUUGAAUACGCUCGAUGCCUGGAAGACACCUCCAUCAACUACGACGUCGCUAUUCUGGGUAUGCCUUUCGAUACGACGGUGACGUACAGGCCAGGUGCGAGGUUUGGUCCACAUGGGAUUAGAUUGGGGAGCCGGAGACAUAGUGGGGAGAGGGGAUAUACGCUCGCAUGGGGGAUCAGUCCUUAUGAUGGAAUCAAGGCGGUGGAUUGUGGGGAUAUCCCGUUGAGUGCGUAUGAUAACCUGCUCGCACUGGACCAAAUGGAAGUCGCGUACGACACUCUCCUCGCACGUCCCCUCGCGAGUGCAUCAGAAGACAGCCCUGGAGUAUUCUCUUCAAAGUCUGCUCUCGUCGCAAAAGACGGAUUAGUCCAUCCAAAGGUUGUUUCUCUUGGAGGGGAUCAUACCAUCGUUCUUCCUAUUCUUCGAUCUCUCUACAAAAUAUACGGCCCAGUCUCCGUCAUCCACUUCGACUCACACAUGGACACUUCUGGCACUCGUAACGCUCCACCCAGUCCUGUGACACACGGCAGCUACUUCUUUGUGGCACAUGAGGAAGGUCUCCUCAUCAAUGACACGAACGUACACGCUGGUAUUCGGUCUAAGAUGAACGUUAGUAUAACUAUUCUUCCAGGUGAUCGUAAAACUGUGGAGACCGACGAGUACGUCGGCUUCAUGACCAUCUCGGCUGAAGAUAUCGACGACAUUGGCAUCGCGGAGGUCAUCAAGCGUAUCAGAGAUCGUGUUGGCACGAAUCCGGUCUACCUCACGCUCGAUAUCGACGUGAUCGACCCCUCAAUUGCUCCGGCCACCGGCACGCCUGAAGUUGGAGGCUGGACCACUCGCGAAGUCAAGCGCGUCCUCCGUGGACUAUCCGGACUCAACUUUGUUGGUGCUGAUGUCGUCGAAGUUGCACCCGCCUACGAUAAUGCGGAUAUCACGAGUAUCGCUGCAGCCGAUAUCGUGCACGACUUUUUGGGCAUGAUGGGCUCGUCCGAGCCCCCCAAACCUCACGCUCAGCGUGCGCUGAAGAAGUCGGAGGAGCUUUAG